CAGCGACCCCUCAACCGUCUGACGUUCAUUUAAUCAAAAUUUCCCGUCAGUUUAAUUAAAAAUUUAUUUUUUUUUACAGAAAAAAACAUUCGCCCUAUGGAGAGGCUAAAGUACGAGCACGAGAACGUACGGAUUUUGGCCUCCCGUGAACUCUUCAAGUUCGGUAUCAAGAUGAAACUGAAAAAAACCCCAAGUAAAAAAUACUCACCCAAGAAACGCUGCUACAAGAUAGACCUGAACCAUCUGGAGGACACUGAGGUGCAAGUGGGAAAGGACGUCAUCCAGGUACCAAAAGUCUAUUUCAAACUGGUGGAGUUCAUUAAGAACCACCUGCAGGUGGAGGGGGUUUUUCGCAAGGAGGGCUCCAAGGUGAAAGAACGCGUUUUAUUGAAAAUGCUGGACAGCGGCUACGAGAUCCCCGAAGACACCGACCCGAUCGUCGCAUGCGCAGUCCUCAAAGUGUUCCUGAGGACUCUCCCGGGAAAACUCGUUCCCCAUGACGUCGUCCCGUGGUUCCUUGCGGCUGCGCAAUUGUCCGACCAUUCGGCGGACGCCGUUUGCUUGUGCGCCCUCCUGCUUCCGCUCAGGAACGUUUACUUGCUGGUGUAUUUAAUGCAGUUUUUCAGUGAAGUAACGGCGCAUGAGCGAGAGAACAAGAUGAACGCGUAUAAUCUCGCCGUGGUGGCUGCACCGAACUUGUUCAAGGAUGACGUGGGGACAGUCGAGGAGAUUGCGCGGCACAAUGCGGUUUUUAUUAAUAUCGUUAAGAUUUUCAUAGAAAAAUCGAAAUCCUUGGGACAAGUCCCGGCCUGUUUGCUGGACAAACUGGACGCCCUCCACGAGGAACACAACAACGCCACCUCCAAGGGAUUAUGCAGAUGGUGUCCAGGGGAUAAAAAUAGCCAUAACUUCCUUAGUUGGAUACCGCUUAUCUAAAGAGCACCAAGCGACAUUUCCUCGUUUGGAGAAACUUCAAUUUGUAUAUUUCAAGCUAUCCCGGAAAUUGUAUUGUAAAAAUUUUGCAAUGAUGUUU